AUGGUUUACUAAAAAGGCAGGGUUUUCAGAUCUUUUUCUCUCUCCUCGCCGAUCCAAAGAUCGAAGCCUUCGUCGUCCGUCAUCUCCUGCGAGGAAAAUCCGCCAUGGCCGCUCUCCAGUACUUGGAAUCUCAGCGAAAUGCGCAUCCAGAGCUCGGGGAAUGGUACAAUUCCCUCGCAGAUCUGUACCAGAAGAGGCUCUGGCACCAGCUCACCCUCAAGCUCGAGCAGUUCAUCGCUCUCGCUGUCUUUCAGGCUGGGGAUGCUUUAAUACAGCUCUAUAACAAUUUCAUCACCGACUUUGAGACGAAGAUCAAUCUUCUGAAGCUCGCCCAUUUUGCGGUUGUAGUCUCCAGACAGUAUCCUGAGAAAGAAGCUGCAGUUAGUUAUCUCGAACGAGUGAUUGAAAAACUUAAAGCUACUAGAGAGCAGCGUAUCAAUGAGCCGGUUAUUUAUAUCAAAAUGCAAAUGGCUUUGUUCAAGCUUGAGCAGGGUGACCAGAAGGAGUGCAAGAAAAUCUUGGAAGAUGGAAAGAGCUCCAUUGAUAGUAUGACUGACAUUGAUCCAUCAGUCUAUGCCAGCUAUUAUUGGGUGUCUUCCCAAUACCACAAAUAUCGUCAAGAAUUUUCUGAUUUCUAUAAGAAUGCUCUUCUGUACCUCGCAUACACAUCGGUGGAGUCACUCUCAGAAUCGUUUAAGCUGGAUUUGGCUUUUGAUCUGUCACUUUCAGCUCUACUCGGAGAUAAUAUCUAUAACUUUGGAGAGCUGUUAGCCCAUCCCAUUAUAAAAAGUCUCCUUGGAACAAAUGUGGAAUGGCUUUACCACAUGCUUCAAGCCUUCAACCAUGGCGAUUUAGUUCAGUACCAAGAACUAUGCCGUGUGCAUAAUGCAUCCUUGAGGGCUCAACCUGCACUGGUUGAGAAUGAAAAGAAACUUUUGGAAAAGAUCAACAUUCUCUGCCUUAUUGAGAUCAUCUUCAGCCGACCUGCUGAAGAUAGGACCAUACCAUUGACCGUCAUUGCUGAGCGCACUAAACUCUCUGUGGAGGACGUUGAGCAUCUCCUUAUGAAGGGCCUAUCUGUCCAUCUGAUAGAGGGAAUCAUAGACCAAGUGGAAGGGACAGUACACAUCUCAUGGGCGCAACCGAGAGUUUUAGGGAUCACACAGAUCAAAUCGUUGAGAGAUCGGCUGGACAAUUGGGUGGACAAGGUUCACACCACAUUGUUAUCCGUCGAAGCCGAGACCCCUGAUCUUGUUUCAGCCUGAAAGUUGAAACCUUUUCUCCUCUUUUCCUUCAAUCUAUAGAAGUAAUGUCCUUGUAACAUUCCCUGCGAUCUUUAUACUAGUCUUUUUCAGUGGUAGAAGUUACGUUUGGACAUGACAGGGGAAGGAUCCUUUGGUUCCAUUUCUGGUGGUUCUUUCUGUAUGCGUUUUUCUUACUCGCCAUUGUUGUUUCUCCGAGGAAAGUUUCCUGUGAAUUUGAUGCUUCUGAGGAAAGUGCCUAUUUGGUUUUGGUUCAUA